AUGUUUCCCUUUUCCUUGUGGAUGCUUCCCAAUUGGAGUUGGUUCUGGGUCUUUGUCGGUCUAUUUUUGUUCCGAAAUGUCAGAUUAUGGGUCAACCUGGCUGCGAAUUGGCUGUACACACCCAUACAGCCAGUCGAGGAACCUACCGUCACAGCCCAAGAUAUGACUGUCAUAAUCCCGACUGUUGCCGAGGAUAUCCAGCAAUUGAAGGAGACUGUUCAGACUGCAUACCGACUGGAGCCGUACGAGCUGCUUUUGGUCACGCCCGACUCUCGUGUCAAACGUCUAUAUCAGAUGGUGGAAGAGAUGGGUAGUCCUAAGCGGAUCCAGAUCCUUUCCAUAAGCCAGGCCAACAAGCGCCGUCAGCUGUCACGCGCCAUCCCCGAGGUGCAAACGAAGAUCACGCUCCUACUUGACGAUGAUGUCUGGUUGCCCGAGAAGUUCACCAAAUGGAUCUUGGCUCCCUUCGAGGAUCCCCGAGUGGGUGGUGUUGGCACUAACCAGCAGCUCCGCCGCAACGACCGAUCCAACCUUUGGGAGUUUCUCGGCGCAUUGUACCUUGUCCGCAGGAACUUCGACUGCACCGCAUGCAACUGGAUGGAUGGAGGUCUGCCUUGCCUGUCCGGACGAGCGGUGGCAUACCGCUCUGAAAUCCUCCAAGACCCCAACUUUACAUAUGGCUUCACCCACGAAACCUGGGGAAGCGACCACUUCCUCAAUGCCGAUGACGAUAACUUCAUCACCCGUUGGCUCUUUUCCCACGACUGGAAGAUUCAGAUCCAAAACCACCGCGAGUGUGAGGUGGAGACCACCCUGGAGAACGACUCCAAGUACCUUCGACAGUGCCUUAGAUGGGUGCGUAGCAAUUGGCGCAGCAAUUUGACGAGCCUGAGUGAAUUGCACAUGUGGGUUAACUAUCCAUGGUCUCUCUACGCAGUGUUCCAAACCACCAUCACCCAAUGGGCCUUCCUGUACGACUGUGCACUAUUUGCGACAUUCUACCUUGCCCUUUUAGAGGCGGGCUACUAUCAGGACUCCCACUCAGAGAGCAAUAGCCAUCUGCCGCUGCUCUGGACCUUCUUCCUUGGACACUACGCCUUCACCAAGACGAUCAAGCUUAUUCCUCAUUUGUUAAGAAACCCGGGCGACGUACGCUUCGUUCCCGUGUCUGUCCUAUUUGGUUAUUUCCACAAUGCCAUUAAGCUCUACGGCUGCAUCACUGUCACAGAGACGACAUGGGGUACCCGUGAGGGCGCUGACGCCGACGAUAACAUUCGAAUGAUUCCAAUUCCACCCAUGGCAACCAUCACGCCGCCCUUGACUCCCUCACCCCAGGUGCAGGGACGCAUGCUCCGCGAACGCGGAGGGAUUGUGUCAGAUGUCGUCAGCUGA